AUGGCUGCACGUUCCAUCUUCUCCGCCGUCCCUCAGGCGCCGCCCGUCGCCGUCUUCAAACUCACCGCCGACUUCCGAGCGGACAGCGACCCCCGCAAGGUCAACCUGGGAGUGGGAGCGUACCGCACGGAUGACUCCCAGCCCUGGGUCCUGCCGGUGGUGAAGAAGGUGGAGCAGAAGAUAGCCAAUGACCACUCACUGAACCAUGAGUACCUGCCCAUCCUCGGACUUCCCGAAUUCCGCUCCAGCUCCUCCAGGAUCGCUCUGGGUGAGGACAGUCCGGCCUUCAAGGAUGACAGGGUUGGCGGUGUGCAGUCCCUGGGUGGUACCGGAGCUCUUCGCAUUGGAGCCGAGUUCCUGAGGCGCUGGUACAAUGGAACCAACAACACUGCGACCCCCAUCUACAUCUCCUCCCCCUCCUGGGAGAAUCACAAUGCCGUGUUUAUUGAUGCCGGAUUUAAGGACAUCAGGGCGUAUCGUUAUUGGGAUGCUGCUAAGCGGGGGCUGGACCUGAAGGGGCUGCUGGAGGAUUUGGAGAACGCUCCGGAGCACUCCAUCUUUGUCCUGCAUGCUUGUGCCCACAAUCCCACAGGAACAGACCCCACCCAGGAGGAGUGGAAGCAGAUAGCCGAUGUUAUGAAGAGGAGAUUUCUCUUCGCAUUCUUCGAUUCUGCGUAUCAGGGAUUUGCCUCCGGGAAUCUAGACAAGGACGCCUGGGCCGUGCGUUACUUCGUAUCUCAGGGGUUUGAGCUGUUCUGCGCUCAGUCAUUUUCCAAGAACUUCGGCCUCUACAAUGAAAGAGUGGGAAACUUGACUGACUGUGGCAAGAGACAUCUGAUAACGUCAGCUCGCGUGCCUCCUCCCAGAUGGAGAAGGAUUGUGCGCACCACGUGGUCCAUAUCCGCCGUCACAAGGAGCUCUCGCAGUUGGUUCGCCACCCUCACGCUGGAACCAACCCCAGGAGUUUUGUUUCGAAUGAAUGGUAACGACUGAACUUGGAUAAGACUUACAGGGAAACCUGUCAUUAUAGACAUUAGAACACUGCU